CUGUGACUGGUGCUCUUCGAGGAUUUUUUCCCCCCGUCUCUUUUAUUUACCUCCCUCUUUUCUUUUCUCCCGCAUAGCUGUGGCACCGGCUUGUUUUCUCUGUCUUUUUUUUCUCGCCUUUUGCCAUUUUUCUCCCCCCACCCCUUCCUCUCUCUCUCUCUCUCUCUCUCUCUCUCUCUCUCUCUCUCUCUCUCUCUCUCUCUCUCUCUCUCUCUCUCUCUCUCUCUCACUCUGUCUCUCUGUGACUCGCAACAAAAGGCUGACGGAGUGAGCCUGACGUCUGAAUGAAUAGCCCAAACCUGCCGUGAAGGGAAGAGAAGAGAGAGACGGAGCGAGAGAGAAGCGGCUGACGAAAAAAAGGAAAAGAUACAAGUGAUCUGACUGAAGAGGCGGAAGGAGGAGGACGCUCUGAAGUGCCGAUCUCCGGCUGAAGACGAAUAGAGAUCCAAUUUUUCCUCCCCCCCCCCUCAUUGGAGAUUAAAGGAGUUGACGGCGCUGCUUUAGCCACACAGGGGGUUUACGAUCAUAGUUCUCUCCCCGCGCCCACUUCCCUCCUGUGCCACCUUCCAUUUUUUUCUUUCAACUCAAGAGUACCAGUCGUCUGAGAAAGAGAAAUGGAGCUUCUGGGAGUGAGGUGAUGAAGGAGGACAGAUUUGGAAACAAGCAGUGGGAGAGCAAGAGAAGACAGACAGAGAGAGGGAGGUAUUCGGCCCCAGAUUAUGAACGGGCCUAUGCACCCGCGCCCCCUGGUGGCGCUGCUGGACGGGCGCGACUGCACCGUGGAGAUGCCCAUCCUCAAAGACCUGGCCACCGUGGCUUUCUGUGACGCCCAGUCCACUCAGGAGAUACAUGAGAAGGUGCUGAAUGAGGCCGUGGGGGCCAUGAUGUACCACACCAUCACCCUGACCAGAGAGGACCUGGAGAAGUUCAAGUCGCUGCGCAUCAUCAUCCGCAUCGGCAGCGGCUACGACAACAUCGACAUCAAGGCUGCCGGGGACCUGGGCAUUGCGGUGUGUAAUAUCCCCUCAGCGGCGGUAGAAGAGACAGCAGACUCAACACUUUGUCACAUCCUCAACCUGUACCGGCGGAACACCUGGCUGUACCAGGCUCUCCGGGAGGGCACGCGGGUCCAGAGCGUGGAGCAGAUCAGGGAGGUGGCGUCGGGGGCGGCGAGGAUCAGAGGAGAGACGCUCGGCCUCAUCGGAUUUGGUCGCUCGGGCCAGGCGGUGGCGAUCCGGGCGAAGGCGUUCGGCUUCAACGUGAUCUUCUACGACCCGUACAUCCAGGACGGGCUGGAGCGCUCGCUGGGCGUUCAGCGGGUCUACACGCUGCAGGACCUGCUCUACCAGAGCGACUGCGUGUCCCUGCACUGCAACCUGAACGAACACAACCACCACCUCAUCAACGACUUCACCAUCAAACAGAUGCGUCAAGGGGCUUUCCUGGUCAACUCGGCACGGGGGGGUCUGGUGGAUGAGAAAGCUUUGGCUCAGGCCCUGAAGGAAGGCCGGAUACGGGGGGCCGCCUUGGACGUCCACGAGUCGGAGCCUUUCAGUUUUUCCCAAGGUCCUCUGAAGGACGCCCCCAACUUGAUCUGCACCCCCCACACCGCCUGGUACAGCGAGCAGGCAUCACUGGAGAUGAGAGAGGCCGCCGCCACAGAAAUACGCAGAGCCAUCACUGGCCGUAUUCCUGACAGCCUCCGAAACUGCGUCAACAAAGAGUUCUUUGUCACCUCGGCCCCCUGGGGAAUGAUGGAGCAGCAGCAGCAGCCUCAAGUUCACCCUGAGAUGAACGGUGCCGCCUACAGGUUCCCUCCCGGUGUGGUGGGCGUGGCCCCCGGCGGGAUCCCCGGACCGAUGGAGGGGUUGGUGCCUGGGAGGGUGCCCAUCGCCCAUACCCUGCCCCCCGGUACCCAUCCGUCACAGGCCCCCUCCCCCAACCGACCCUCCAAACAUGGCGACCCCAUGAGAGAGCACAUGACUGAGCCUUAGGACUGCUGCUGUUACCGAGCAGGGGGCUGAAACCAACUUCAACUAAAAAAAAAAUAAAACCCAGCAACCCCACCAACCGAACCAUCCGACUGUACGCUUGACUUCAGCCAUCUGAACCCACCAGCAGACUGCCUGUCGGGCAACGUUUCAACGAUUUAUUUUGUAUGAAACCACAGCCCCAGUGAGGACAGUGGACACACAGUGGUUAUAACACACCUGAGAUGGUUAUUACACACCUGAGCUGCCACACUGAGAUGGGACUGACCGUCAAACUCAUGCAGAUCUGAGACCUCCCCUCCCCCAUAUCUGUUUCUGUUCUUCGUUGAUUUAAGUGAUAUUUUAAUCUUUAUUUCUGAGUAUAUUUCAGGGGAGAUUCCUCCUGAUUUCUGGGACAUGUUGACAUUUCCACAUGCAGGAUGGACAUCUGACCCCCCCCCCCUCCCCCCUCCCUGAUUUAAAGGACAAGCUUGAAGCGACAGUGACUUCAUAAACUUCCCCUUAUUCCUCAGUUUCGCCCAUUUCAGCGCAGACAUGUCUUGUGUUGAUUUUUUGCUUUUUUACUUUCUUCUGUUUACCCUAUAUUCUGUGUUUAUGUUGCAAGUGAAUAUCAGUUUUUUCUGUUCUUCAGUGUUUGAAAAUGAAUGAAUUUACAGUUACACGUAUGUUUAGCAGACCAACAGCAGAAUCUGCCGUCUCCAUCAGAAAUCUGGACUCCAUCUUUGCUUUUUCCUUAAUCAUCGUGGCUGGUGGCCCCUGAAUGUAGAGCCAAGAUGUGUGCCAGGACAUGUGGUUUCCAGUUCCAGAAAGAAUAUUUCAGCCCAUUAACUAAAAAACGACCCUUUGAAACCAAAAAAGGAAAAAAAAUCAGACUGCCAUUUGUGGUUAGAUAUUGUACGUUGAGUGUAUAACAUCAAUUACAUUUAGCUGUGGUAUUUUCCAACGCGGCUGAACUGAGGUACCCACGAUAUUUGGCCUGAACAGUGUCCCAAAUAUCUGCAUCCAAAGGACCGACAGUACGUUACAGCUCCAGUUAGCGAAGUAGGGAAAACAAAAACAGCUUACUGACUCAGGAAAAAAGACAUCUGUCCAAAUCGGAAUUAAAAGAAAAACUGGAUUCUUGCUUUCCAUUACUCCACCUCUUUCUCCAUUGUGGUAUUUUUUAUAUAUCAAAUGUAUGUUUUUGAUGUUCAAGGUUUUCUGUCCUGUUAGAUUUGUAUUGCCUUGUUAAAUGUUCUUAUAAUCAUAGUCUGAUGUGAGCGACCACUCCCUCUCCUCCUAUAGUUUCCUCCUAUUUGUUUUUCUGCUCUAAUGAAAUCCAGCUGUGGCUCUCGGAGGCAGAGCGUCCUCCGUGAACAACCGCCGCCACAUCCACCCCUUUUAGCCCCGUGACGUUAGCAAGAGACGGCUGCUAGCAGAUUGUUUGGUUUUUAGUGUGAGUAUUUGUAUUUGUUUCUUGUACAAGGUGAACAUAUAGCAUACAGUGCAGCUGGAAACAAUAAAUAAAAUGUACUGUUCUGAUUGAUGAUUGCCUGUGUGGGAUAUUUGUUUGUUUUCUGGACAUGUUUAACACUUGCUUAAAAAACAAUUAAAAGGGGUUUCAAAGUC